AUGUGCGGACUGCAGACACAGGCGGUGAGAUGGCCCCGUUCUGUCCGCAGGGAGUCGAGCCCGAGCCCCGCGCUGGACGUGGCGGUGACGGUGCGCGGGCCCACCCCCGCGCGGCCGCCGCCCCCGCGCCUCAGCCUGUCGCCGCCCCCGCCGCCGCCGUCGGAGGUGCAGCGGCAGCCGCCCCCGCCGCCGCGGCCGCUGACGCAGCCGCCGCCGCCGGGCCCCGACGCCACCCCCGGUAAGCCCGCGCGGCGCCGCUUCUCGUUCAGCCGCACCCUGGACGCGGGCAGCCGCCUGCUGCUGUCCCCCGCGCUGCUGCGCCGCUUCCGGCCCGGCGCCGCCCCCGCCUCCUCCAAGCCGCCGCCCAGGGACGCGCAGCCCCCCGCCGCCCCCGACCUGCGCGGCAGCAUCCGCCGCAGCCAGUCGCAGGCCAUCCCCACGACGCCACCCCCAAUCGGCGACGCCUCCGGUCUCAACUCUAGGGCGGGCUCGAACUGGACGCUGGCAGAGGGUGGCUUCCCCCAGAGGAUCCCCAGCUACCGGCCCAAGAAGAGGAGGGCGCCUCCGCCACCAGCGCCUGCGCCCGCACCCCCGACCGUCAGCGUCACGCCGCCACCUGCCGAGACAAGCGAUACGAAAAACGCAGGGGAGCAGGCUGAAGUGGGCGUGGCGGUGGUUGCCCCGACGUCGGGAGAGGUGACAGAAACCACGACAGUGGUGGUGACCGUGGCCGCACCUACACCUCCACCGAGCAGCCCAGAAGAGUCUCCGGCGACGGAAGUCUCCCUGACGCAGCAGGCAGCAGUGGAGGAGACGGCUGGAGCCGAAGGUAGUGGAACCCCCGCAGCAGUGGCGGACGACUCGAGGUCCCCUGUCUCUGCAGCGGGACCGGCCGACCGGGAGCAGCAGCGGGCGGAGGCUGUCGCCCCGCUGGCCGAGGGUGAAGACAUGGCCGUGGAUGACGCUGAGUCGGUGGCGGCUGACGCUUCUAGGCAGGGUGGAGCUCAAGAUGAGGCCAUCCAGCCACCGACUGAAAACACCUCUGAAGACCAUCCCAGCAGUGAUGCGGCGGUGGCAGCUGAAGGGACGGAACCACCUGCACCUUCAGAAGCAGUGGAACUUACAGAAGAACAAGCCACAGAACUUUCGGAAGAGAAAGCGGGGAAUAGCGACACUGUGCAGCUGAGUACAGCAGAAGGCGAGGCUGCUUCCUCGCCAGAGUCGCCCUCAGAUAAACUAGUGUCUGAGGAAGCUCCAGCGGCAAAUACUCCACAAGUGUUGACGCUGACCAUCCACGAAUAUAAGGAACCCACCGCAACGUCAACUGACGCAACGGAAGUCUCGCAAGAAACGAAGCGUGACGUGGAGGACGAAAUAGGGCAAAACCGACCAGUGACAGCUCUAGAAAUGGGAAACCCGACCGUAGAAGUGGAGGUAAAACUGGAGACCGCGACUGCUCCCGAACGAGCAGAUGUGACUGUGAGCGAUGUUCCAGCGACGGAGACGGACGCAAAGGAGCCGUUAGUGGACGGUGCCACGGAAGAUGGUGAACUGGAAUCCCCCAAAUUGGCGCUAGCGAGCUUUCGCGAAGACUACCUGACUAAGCAUUACAAGGGCGAUUUACCGGUCCUCCAGAUAACGGAGUCUGAUUUGGCGGACGAGAAGGAGUCUGACGUGUCGAAGCUCUCGAAUGCUCUGCCGGUGCUGCACAUAAGUGAAGAGGACCUGAGGGACAAACCGCAGGCUGAAGAGGCGAGCGAGGCAGAGCAGGCGGCGAACGGGCCUAGCCCGGCGGUUAGGGGGGAGAGGGAGAGGGCGUCCCCCUCCCCCAGGAGGAGCCUGGACGGCGGCGGACGCAGGGAGUCGCCGCAGCCGCCGCCGCGGCAGUCCUCGGCGCAGGAGCUCAACAGCAAGAUCUACUUCCGCGUGCUGCCGCCGCUGGCCGCGGCCGGCGGCCCCCCGCAGCUGAAGACGUUCGCGCCGCCCGGCAGCCCCCCGGGCCGCGGGCCCAAGCCGCAGCCGCCGCUCCGCAACGGCGUCGCCGCGCCCGCGCCCGCCCCCGCCCCCGCCUCGGGGGAGGCGUCGCCCCCGCGCACCAAGUCGCCGCUGCCCACGCCGCGCCGCCGCCACCAGCCCGUCCCGCGCGACGCCUAG